GCACUGGGGAACACACUGACUCCGGCCGGAUGAUGAGUUCUGCUCAGAGGGAAAGAGUGCUGGAGGCCAAACUGGAGGCCCUGCAGUGUCACUUCACCUGGGAUGUGGACUUCAGCAGGUCCAAACUUUUACGAAUCAGGGACAAGUUGCAGGACAUCGGCACCGAGGAGGGAUACAGCUGGCUGGGCCAUAUAUACAACCUGCAGGGCUACAUCCACUUCCAACUGGGUUUCACCACUGGAGCCAGGCGUUUCUUCAGCAGAGCUGCCGAGGCCUUCCGCCAGAUAAGAAACACCGUCACAGACGAGGGUCCCUGGCUAGUGGUGAACUACAGUAAUCUGGCUUGGCUGAACUACCAUGAAGGAGAGAGAGCAGAGAGUCAGGCUUGUCUGUUGAAGGUCGAGGGCCUGAUGAGAGAAUAUCCAUCUCCAUGGCAGGGCGAGCUGCAUCCAGAGAUCUACGCUGAGAAAGCCUGGACUCUGAUGAAGUACAGCAGAGACCACAAGCUGCUGGCUGCUGAUUACUUCCAGAGGGCCAUCAGGAUGCAGCCGGACAUGAAAGAGUGGCAGACCAGCCACAUGCUGGCAGUUGUUAAUGCCUUUAAACACAGCAACAACAAAGUCAGGGCUGACAUCUUGGACAAAAUGAAAAUAGCAAAGGACCACGAUCCAGAGAACUUGUACCUUGCUGCUCUCUACCUUGAAGCGUGUGCCACAAAUGAACAAAACAUUGUAGAGGAAGCGUGUGCGUUGGCCCACAGAGUCUUGAUCAAACCCGUUAGCAGCUACAGUGGUAUCAAACCAUUACUCAGGCUGUACAGAACAUAUGUAUCUAUGGACGAGGCUAUUGAUUUGGCAGAGGGGGCUCUGGAGAGGCAUCCAGACGAGCGUUACCUGAAAAAGUGUGCUGCGGUCUGCUACAAAAUGAGAAUCCUUUUACACAGGGACACUCCUGUGGAACAAAGCAUGGUUGAAAGAGCAAUCAGCCUCUACAGGGAGGUGAUUUCCACUUACCCUGACUCGUCACUGAAGAGUAAAAUAUCCCUUGCAACCAUAUAUGCACAUUCAAAUCACAGCCCAACUGCAGCUGAGCAGAUCUAUAAAGAACUGCUCGACAGUGACAUGGAUCCCAAUGCGGCUCAAAUGGUUUACAACUUCUAUGCCAAGCAUUUACAUUUGUUCCAAAAGGAGAGCUACAGGUCUAUAGAAUUCCACAUGAGGGCAGCAGCGAUUCCCCAACUCUCUUUCUUUAGGGAGAACAGCAUCAGUAUUCUGGAGAGGAUCAGAGACAGGAACAGAAACCGAAUGUGUGGAGAAAUAGCCGAGUUUCUGGCUGACCUUAAACUCUAAUAACUUACGAUACAAGGGGACAUUUAAAGGGAUGUUACAGGUUUUCAUUGUGUGGUUGUAUGAGGUAGUGACACAAGGCACUGCCACUGCUGUGCAGUAAACCAGGAGCUUGCUCUCCUGCAACAGUGUGUAAUCCAUCAUGUGAUUUAACAUCACAGCACACAGGAGUUGUUGAUCCACUGAUGCCUGCAUCACUAAGAUCAAAUUGUUAUAGUAUUUAUUGUGCAAUAUUAGAUGUAUGUUAUUAGGGGAGUAUUGUGCAGAUUUACCUCAGUGACACAACACUUGUGUUCAUGAUCAAUUAAAUACUGCAAAUCUUACAUUUUCCAUUUUGAAUUUUACUCAUUUAGCCCAAAAGCUUUUCAUAAUAAUAAUAAUUAUUAUUAUUAGUAAGAUAAAUAAUAAUAAUAAUAAUGAUAAUAUAGCAUCUUUCAAAAAACAGUUACUUAACAAAUGUUAUUCGGAAACGUGCAUCUGAAAAUUUGGUUUCCUCAAACAGAGCGAGGACAUACAGGAGGUCUGUGAUUUCAAAUUCUGAGGAUUGUAAAAAAUAAUAAAAGUGAAUUGUUUUUACAUUUAUUGUUUUAAGUGUAUUGUUUGGCACUACAUACCCCCUCAGACUGCUCUUUGAUUUAUGUGUGCCUUGGUAUAUGUGUUCUGUGCUGUAUUUCAUUGUGUUGCAUUGUCAUGUAUUUGCAGCUUUUUAUAAUCUAUACAAAAGCCCAACUAG